AUGUCGUCGGCGCAUAAUAUUUCAUCAUUAACAAUUUGGGAUAUAUAUGUGAAAUCUCCUUCUGAAAUGGUCGGUAAAGUGAUUGUAAAUACGAUAUUAUUACUCUUUGCUAUGAUUGGCAAUAUUGGUAUUAUUGUUGUCUUGCUUAAAAAUAAGCGUUUUAAGGUACCUACAAACGAGCGAUAUAUUAUAUCUUUGGCUUUUGCUGAUUUAAUAGUAGCGUUAUUUUAUAUUCCGGUUAAUGUCUUGACUGAUUAUUAUAAAGGAUUAUGGAUACUUGGUCCUGUUGCCUGUAAGUUAUUAAAUUAUAUUCGAUUGACGGCUAUAACUAAUGUAGAAUUAACGUUAGUGGCUGUUGCAGUCGAUCGUUACCUUGCUAUUUGUAGACCACUCUAUCGGAGUAAAUCUCCUGAUCGUACAAGAAAUAUCAUCAUUGGCUUAUGGGUCCUUUCAGCCGUUCUUAUGACACCAUACUUGUAUAUUUUACGUGAAGAAGCCUUCGUAUUUUUAGAUGGUUCAUUAACAGCGCAUUUCUGUAUUCGCGAUUAUGGAUCGAAUAUAUUUAAAAUCAUAAUGGUGGUCUUUCAACUCACUGCUUUAUAUAUUAUACCUCUGAUGAUAGUGAUACUUUCAUAUUUUAAAGUCAGCUUGAGAAUUCGAGCAAGCAUAACUACAAGUCGUAAUGUGAUGCGUAAAAAGCAACGCGCUGUAAUUUGUGUUAUUGUCAUAACAUUGGUUUUUAUAGUUUGCUGGACACCCGUUUGGACCGUCCAGAUGUAUAAAGAACUCAGCAGUGGUUACUAUUCUGGCUGGGAGAAGGAAUUACUCUUUUGGAGUGUAUUUGUAGCUAAUAUCUCUACCAUCAUACAUCCAAUGAUUUAUGCACUUUUUGGACAGAAUCUUCGUGAAAAAUUACGAAGUUCAAGAACUACCAGUGCUUAA